AUGAUUAAUGAAACAAAUCAAACGAAUAAUAAUAACGCGGCAAACGAAUCCGAAUCCUUUAAUCUAUUACUUAACAAACCGGAAGCUCAUGCUCUUAAAAGUGGUCACUGCAUGAAAGAAGAUUGUAACAUAUGCAAAGCAUUGGUCAACGUCGAAGAAAGUCAAUCUUCGGUUGUCCUUCCCAUACCCGCAAAAGAUUGUAGGGAUUUAAAAAACGAGUCAAACAUAUCUUUGGGAAUAUGUAGAAUAUGUCACUGUAAUCCAGAAACCUUACCGGAAUUGGGUCCCUUACGAUCCGUUUGUAAUUGUCGUGGUACCGUCGCACUUGUUCACAUGAUAUGCUUGGAAAGAUGGCUGGCCGAAUCUGAUACGUCUUCGUGUGAAUUAUGCCGAUAUCAAUUUACUGUUGAAAGAAUACCAAAACAUGGUACAUUAGAAUCCGUUUUUGUUUGGAUAAACGAAGUUGCUGAUUUUAAUCAGGUUAAAAGAGAUUUUAUUUAUUUUUUAACGACUCUUCCCAUGAUGUCAAUGUUGGCUGCUGUUGCCAUAAAUAACAUAACCCAAAUAGUAAUGAAUUGUUUAUGCGAUGGCAACACGACAUCCCUCUACUGCUCAGGAAUUAACCAAUUCGUUUUUUGCAUGGCCAAAAUAAUUCAUUACAACUUGAAAUUUAAGAUUCUUAUGGACACGAUAUGGUUUUGGCUCAUGACACCCUUGGCGGCUAUGGCCGGAUAUAUAUUCGUAAGGGCGACGUCAGAAUUAAUAGAUGAUAAUUUUCCAACGGACGCACCUUGGUUAAUGGCAGCCCUCAUGCUCAAUUCUUGUUUAACUUUGGUCGGUUACUACGGAUGGGUAAUGAAUUCUGUAAGAAAACACGUAUCAUCUUGGUACAGAUGGUGGAGGACGAUGGAUUGUAUAAUUAAGAUUCACGUCCCAGAAAAAGAAUCCACUUCUCCUCCUUCUUCGGAAGUUGAAGAAAUUACUUCGACUGAUUUAGAUCCCGAUGGACAGAAAGGAGAAGGAGAAGAAACAACGUGUUUACUACAUAAUUUAAGUGAAACUUCAACGAACGAUUAA